AUGGAAACCAAUCCGAAUGGGACCUCAGCCUCAGCCGUAUGCCCCUUCUUUACCUCCCUGAAAUGCGGUGACAGCGAACGAAUCUAUUUCGCCGUCCUGAACACUGCCCUCGAAUCCCUUCAAGUCCGAGCUCAAUCAUCAGCCUCCGCUAUCCUGGACGCGGACGAGGCUGCGGACGACGACAUCGUGAUCCGCGCCGUCCUUCACGGCUGGCCCGCCGUCGGGGGCCGAUAUAUCCUCGACCCGGCCUGGCCGCUUCCAGCAUACAUGACACCGACCACGACACAGAAAUCCAUCACACAUCCGGUCCUAACUGACUUCUUCGUCUGGCCUCAUUUCCGAGACUAUCUGACGACUAGCGGCAUGGCGGCCGUGACGGAACGAGAUGCCGCUGCGUUUGCGACAAAUUUGCAAUUCCAUUGGCCUUAUGAAGUUCGGGAUCUGUGUCGACGACAUAAAGAGACGGGUCUCUAUUCUUAUUCCGAGAUGUUUGAUAAAGCUUUCAAUGAUUUGGGAAGCUGGACGCUACAUCCGGAGUUCUUUAGGCAUUCUCCGUUGCCGCCGUUAUUGCAGGCGCCGGCUCCCGGAUUAAGUCUUGACCCCUUUCAGCUGCAGCUAUGCGGAGAGCAAGGAUUCGUGUGGAACAAUGAGGACGCGGAAGACACGACGAGCCUAAGUCAGGAGCCCGCGAUUCAUGAAUUGGCUGGGAUUUCUUCAAGGACUAGCGGUGCAUAUCAACGGCAGACUUCCUUUGAUGUGUGUUCUUCUACGAGGCUGAACGCGACACAUACUGAGAUGUGGCCAUAUCCUCCAAGUCCCUAUUGA